AUGGCAUCGCGCGCGUGCGUCCUCGAGGAGGCUGCGAUCACGGAGACGCACGAGCGCCUGCUCAACACGCGCGCGCCGCCGAGCACCGGGCUCCUCCUCGGGAAGCUCGAGGUGGGAUCUCGCGAUGUCGUCCUCGCGCUCGUGCCGACGCCCGCGAAGGAGGAGGACGACGACGACGCGGGCGGCGGGCCCGGGCCGGGGCGCGACGCGUCGUCAUCGUCCGCCGCCGCGGCGUCCGCGAGCGCGCUCGAGAUCGACGAGGACUGGAUCGUCGAGCACGCGACGCAGGCGACCCGGAUGCUUCCGGGCGGGAUCCACGUCGUCGGCGUCUAUGUCUUCGCGUCCGACGUCGCGAUGAAGCGCGCGUCGAGCGCGGCGCUUCGCGCCGCGAUCGAGGUCGGCAUCGCGGAGCGCGCCCUGGACGUCUACGCGCCGCCACCGCCCGCCUCCUCCUCCUCAUCCUCCUCCUCCUCCUCGUCCGUCCUCACGCGGCAUCAGGCGUCGCCCGAGCGGCUCGUCGUCCACCUCAGCGCGGACGCGCGCGGGAAGGUCGUCGUCAAGCGGUGCGCGCUCGCGGACCCGGGCGGCGACCUUCGCCACGUCGAGCAUCGCCUCGGGAAGGUCGCGGCGUCGCUGAUAAGGAUCGACGCGACGUACGACGUGCGCUGCGAGCUCGAGCUCGAGCGCGAGGGAGGGAAGACGAAGACGAUGCGCGACGCCGCGGGGGCGGCGAUCGAGCGAGAAGCCACGCGCGUGAUGGCGUCGAGGGUGCUCCUGGACGGGACGUUCGCGCGUCCGGAGGAGGACGUCGUCGGCGUCGUCGGCGCGGACGUGCGCGCGGCGCCCGUGCGCGCGGAGCUUCUAUGCCCGCCGCGCGCCUCCUCCUCCUCCUCGGCGGCUGCGGCCGCGAGCGGCGGCGGCCGCGGCGGCGGCGUGACGCUCCGCGGGACGAUCACGUCGCGGUGUUACGCGUACGGCCGGGAGUCGAUCGCGCGCGCGUGCGAGGACGUCAAGGGGGACGUCGUCAACUCGCUGCGGUCGCGCCUCGGCGUGUUGUGCGAUUUGGCGGAUAGCGCGGACGACGCCGCCGCCGCCGCCGCGGAUGAAAAGGAGGACAGCGACGCCGCGGCGGCGGCGGCGCACCCGCUCAGCGAGAAGGGCGACCCGUUCCCCGGCGGCGACUGGGGCCCUAAGCGGCGCGCGUCGAUCGCGCUGCCGCGUCGCGCGUGGGCGCGGUGGACGGUGGGCGGCGAGGCGGAAGGAGACGCGCGCCAUCGCGGAGUACAGCUGUGCGACUAUCUGACAGCGGACGAGGGCGCGGCGGAGGUGGUCGCGCGCGCGAAGGAGGUGCUCGGUUGCGACGUCGUCGGCGGCGUCGACGGCGUGGAGGACGACGCCGAGGUCUCGGCGCGCGACGACGACGAGUGCGAGGAGGAGGACGACGACGAGGACGAGGUCGACGACGCGGGAUACGCGCCCCCGGACGACGGCGGGCCGACGUUUUUCGGGUACCUCAAAGGGUGCCACGGGUACACGGUCACGGCGGACGGGAAGGUGGUGUACGACGACCGCGUCGCGUGCGCGUGGAUCCUGUUCGCGUCCGCGUGCGUCGCGCUGUUCACGACGAUCGUGAACGUGUUCUUCACCCCGGACGGCACGGUCAAGCCGGGGUUCGAGGCGGACAUGAGUUGACGCGAGCGCGCGUAGAGUAAGAAUCUGAUGGCUUUGAUCAUCCAGUCAGACCUGUCGUAGAAAA